AUGAAUAAGCUCUCUUUCUCUUUCCCUUCUUCAAAAUUUUCAUCUGAGUCUAACAAUUCUGUCAAACCCUCCCAAACCUUCGAUGAUGAUUCUUCCACCAAACACAAUCUUCAAAAACAGUUAAUCAUCGAAUUUGACCCUUUCAAACUCCAAACCCUAGACUCCAAUCCCAAAACCCUAAUUCCCCCAAUCGAAAAUCAAUGGCGUGCACACCAAAAAAUGAAGAAUCUCGACCUUCCCAUCACUGAUUCUUCUUCAUAUUCCCUCACUUUUGAACUGGACAUCUCUUCGAUCUCUGAUCAGCCUGAUUCUGACAAGUCAUUUUACGGUCCCAACCUCUGUCCCGGGAAUUCCGAGAAUAAGAAACAACUAGGUAAUAGUGAUGCGCUGAGGCCUAGAGUUUCAAUUGAGGUUAAGAGAGAGAAAAAAAUCAGUAUUACUGGAAAGAAACUCGAGGGUGGAUCGACUCGUGAAGUCUCGGACAUCACUGUGUCACAGGUUGAUAUAGAACUGUUGUUUGAGCUCCAUGAUCUAGAAAGUGGUGAGUUUCCGAUCACUGAGAAGGUCGGCCGGAGUUCAAGCUGCAAUCGAAAUUGCAGGGAUCGAUUUAACAGGAAGAGAUAG